AUGUCCGGAUUUCCCGUUAUUCUUCUCCUUGUCGUGACACUGGGCGUAAUGACUUCUGCUGCUUUGUUUACACCAAAGGGUCCCCAUCAAGUGACAAUUCGAACCGCCAUUAUGCUCACCGUAGCAGCCUGCUACCUACUAUGGAUGGUCACGUACAUGGCCCAGCUACAUCCUUUAGUUGCGCCGCGUCGUUCGCCUUUAGCUGAGUGA